ACAAAAAACAAGCAAGUACCUAAAUUCUUGUUCUUUCUCUUUUUGUUUUUUUGAUGCAGGAAAGUACCUAAAUUCAUUCAUUCAUUAUAUCGUUACUGUAUUUUAUUUUGAGUCAUGAUUGAAUUUGCAGGCACAAACCUUAAGGUUAAACAUGUUUUUGACAUGGGCCUCUGCUCUAAGGAUCACUCUUUUGCUUCUCCUUAUUGCUGCUAUUGUUUUCGCUUGCUUUACUCUCCCAAUUGAAAAGAUUCUGAAGGAUUUCUUGCUAUGGGUUCAUCGCGAUCUUGGUCCGUGGGGUCCACUUGCUUUGGCACUUGCUUACAUUCCUUUGACUAUAUUCGCAGUUCCAGCUUCUGUACUUACACUCGGCGGUGGUUAUCUAUUCGGCCUUCCAAUUGGCAUUGUUGCUGAUUCUAUUGGUGCAACCAUGGGUGCUGUAGCUGCAUUUCUUGUUGGUGGAACAAUUGGGAAAUCAUUUGUUGUUUCUAAGUUGAAGGAUUAUCCACAGUUUAGAUCAGUGUCAAUUGCAAUUGAGAAAUCUGGCUUUAAGAUUGUGUUUCUGCUUCGCCUUGUUCCGUUACUACCAUUUAACAUGUUAAAUUACCUUCUUUCUGUGACUCCGGUUCCAUUAGGCGAAUACGCGUUGGCUUCCUGGUUAGGAAUGAUGCCAAUAACGAUGGCACUUGUGUAUGCUGGAACAACGCUCAAAGAUCUAUCUGAUGUGACACGUGAUAUGGGAGAGUUCUCGAAGACUCGUUUGGCUUUCAUCAUUUUUAGUGUAGUGAUGUCUGUGGUUAUGAUGAUUUGUGUUACUAAAGUUGCCAAGUCUACUUUAGAUAAGGCAUUGGCUGAAUGUGAACAAGAUACGGAUGAAGCUUCAUCUUCCGCGGAACAACCCAUGGUCGUUGGACGUUCAGUAGAUCUCAAUGAGCCUGGACGUUCAGUAGGUCUCAAUGAGCCUCUUGUAGAGAUAGAACAGGAUCAAGAACAAGACAAUCAACAAAAGUAAACAUUCACAAUUUGUAAAUUCUUUCUCCAUAACAAUUUAGUCAAACUACAAAAAAUUCAAGGAAAUUGCCUAUGAGUGGUAGGCCAAAAACAUACAAUAGUAUGAAUGAGUGGUAUAUCUCUAUCUAAUCUCCGCCUAUUCAUAUAUCCACUUGAAGUCGAUAUCCAUUUCAUCCUUUACUUCUAAUGCUUGAAACAUAAAGCAUGUAUUUCAAAAUGUGUCAAACAGGUUUCAGCAUAAUCCUCAUCCUCAUCGUGUGAUAUAGAUGGUACAAGAAUACUUUCAAAUUUACAAUCACCGA